UGCGUAGUUUUAGCGCGACGUUUGUUGUACGGGUCGUGAGUGAGGUCGGGCGGCCUCUCGCCGGGUUCGAUACGAUGGCUGCAUUUACGUUGCUAAGAGAAGUCAACGUUUUAACCAGGCUCGGUGCUCGUAUUGGGUACGUCUGCAGAAUUCAGACCCGAGACUACGCUAAAAAACCAGCGAAAAAACCAGGAGCCGACGAGCAGACUCCGCCGAAAAAACAAGGUGGCACAGAGAACAAAAAACAACCGGUUCCUACUUCAGAGGAAAAAAACAGGAAACCAACAAAAUCAAAAGGGAAAGGUGGUGCAAAAGACUCUAUGAAGGGACCUGAGGUGUGCAAAGACCCCGUCAAGCUAACCUCUCACGCCAUGGGUGUCAACAUCUUCAAGGACGGUCAGGACCCAGUGCUGAAGGCUUCAGAGGAGUACCCACAGUGGCUUUUCCAGUUGGAUUUGGGACCCCCAAAAAAACUGUCAGAACUGGACCCAGAAAGUAUACAAUACUGGAGGCACAUUAGGAAACAAAACAUCUGGCGGGCUAACAAACUUAGUAAAGGCAAACGUCUAUAGUGGACACUGGAGCGAGGACAGCCGUACGGCACGCUGCACCAAAUAUGUAAAUCCGGGAUGCGGAAAAGACCAGUGGAGUGACGACUGGUGUGGGGUACUGCCUAGAGUCCUUGGAUCUCCCCGUUAUGAUAGUAAAGGUGUCUGGUACUCCUUCUGUAGAUGGACCAACUGCUGUUAGCUUCAUGACUGGCUAAAGUAAAUGACAAACCCUUGUCCCCUCGCUUGAGUCAUCGAGGAGGUGAGCUCCCUUUAGCCUGCUCUUUGUGUGCACUGAUGAAGUCUGCCUUGUGUUAACAUAGCAAUAAAAUGAGUUUAUAGAAA